AUGCAUGCAGCACGCACUGGUCAUGUCCCAUCUGAGAACAGAGAGGAGGGAGGUCGGGUCUGCCCUGUCUCUAUAUUUAACUCAAACUACAGACUGCUGGUGCUCCGUGAAGCUCUCCCUCGCUCUUUAUUUCUGUGUAUGUUAGUAGACUCUGACAUUCACCGGGCAAGACUUCAGUGAACAGCUAAAAGCGGAGGCAGACGGCUGCAUCUGGCCCCACCAGCCAUGGAGGGGCUCUACUUUGAAGUGAAGCCCAGAAGAGAUGAACCCUCUAGCCCUCUAAGCUCUGAAAACCCCCCUCCUAACCUGACCUCAAACCACCGCUCAUGUCCAUCACUUUCACAUCGCAACCCUUCCACACUGUGUCCGCGCAAGCUCUCUUCUACAAGAAAAAGGAUUUCACCACAUGGGGAAAAGGUAGAGGAGGAGGAAGAAGGAGAGGAGGAGGAAGAUGAGGAGAUACGAUACAAACUGAUUUUGAUCGGUUCUCUGCCGGUCCACCAUCUGACCACCAUGGCCAUGCUGCCCUGGGUGGUGGCUGAGAUCAGCAAGUGUCGGCCUGCGGAGAGGAAUGUGGGUGCUGGGUUGCGGUCUGGGCGACAGGUGGACCCUUCUACCCGUAAUCAGACAGUUUUCCUGUGUGUGUCAGCAUUGCGGGUGCGAUGUGUGUCUGUUCUGGGAGAGGGAGUUGUCUGGGACCCUCUGACUCACACAGUGCUGUUUGAAUGUCGUCCUCACCAAGUGACCAAGCUGAUUCACAACAGCCAGGAGCCCAGCAGCUUCGGCUGCCUGGUCCGAGACGCACCAAACUACUCCUGCUAUGUCUUCCAGUGCCAGGACAGCACCAAGGUUCCUGAGAUCAUCAGUACGCUGAGGCAGGCUGGCAAGAGCUCGGCCCGCGGCGAUGACAUCGCUCCCAUCUCCAACAAAUCUUCCUCUGGAGGCAGCGAUUCCUCUGAAACUAGUUUUUCUUCGGUCUCCACAACGACGACCUCCGUGGCAACCUCUGCUGCUUUGUCUCCGGCAGCCUUCUCCAAGAAGUUUGAGGUGCUAUUUUGCGGCCGUGUUAGUGUUGCUCACAAGAAAGCCCCCCCCGCCCUGAUAGAUGAGUGCAUCGAGAAGUUCAGCCAGUUGCAAGGCUCAGGCAGGGAGGAUAAAGGAGGACACAGUGGGGCAUUGGGUGGGCUGAGGAAGGCACUAUCCUUUCAGUCCAAUGGACUUGGGAGUAGCGAUGUUGAUAAUGGCGCUGCCGGGAGCCCCACCGCAGGGAAGCGUCCUGUCCUGUUCAAAAGAGACCCCAGCUUCCCCUGCCUGCAGGCCCUGGAUGAGAAUGGACUCUCACCUGAGAUCUCUCACACCAACACCUCUGACACACACACACACUCUGAUGGAGUACAGUGUCUCAGCCUGCAGGAGAACAGGACCAUGCUGUUUACGGUAAUAUUCAUGAAUGGACACGUGCACACACAGACAGACAGACAGAGACACACACACGUGGACGAGAUCAUGCUGACUUUGAAGCAGGCGUUCUCUGUGGCAGCCCUGCAGCAGAAUGCAAAGACCCAGAGUCAGCAGUGCGACAGCUGUCCCAUGCAGCAGCUCCACCGACUGUGUGAGAGGAUAGAAGGUCUUUCCCCGUCUAAAACCAAGCUGGAGCUUCAGAGACACCUCGCCACUCUGGACAAUGAGGAGCAAGCAUCAGUCUUUGAAAACACCAUGAGGGCUCGUCCUAAAAGUGAUCAGGAAGAGAACGAGUUGGUGAUGGCCUCUUUGAGAAAUCUUUAUGAGGAGAAGCAGAAGAGCCAUCAGCACCUCCUGCCUGGAGACAGACGGGUCAGUGAGGAGGCAGCUCCCGCCCCAGUGGAGGCGCAGCAGAGCAGCAGUCGGCAGAGACUUGAACAGUUCAAGAGCCGAGCCAAGCGCUCUCUCACCGAGUCUCUGGAGGGAAUCUGGAAGGGGAGCAGCAAGGCCAGGGCUCAGAGAGACAACAGUUUAGGAAGUGACAGCGGCUCCUCCAUCUGCACAGUGAACAGCAGCCAGGACCAGGCGUGUCUAGAUGACCCCUUACCUGCUUCCUCCCAGCUGAGACCCACCAGCCCACUCAAGUGCCACAACUCAACAGGAGACCUCAACCUCCUGGACUCCUCUCCCACCUUGUCGCCCUCCUCCUUCUCUCUACCCGGUGAUGCUCAGCCUCAGGGCUUCCGCAGACGGGCCAGCACCUUCAGCCACCCCCCCACCCCUUCAUCAGCAGAGUAUUCACCAGUGUUCACACAAACUAACUCACCACAGAACCCUACCGCUGCUACCAAGCCCAAGCUCGUACGACACUACUCCGUCAGCACCGACACUCCACACCAGAGCAAACAUGUCCCAGCGGACUCCACCCUUCCUCCUGUUCCUCCCUGCCCUUCAUCUCACUCUCCUCUCCUUCCUCAUCAUCCUUCCUCACCUUCUGCUGGAGCUCGUCUCAAUACAAGACGUCCUCUGGGUGGUCUGCGUGCUCGUCUCCGCUCCUCCUCCUCUGUCCCUAAUUUUCUGAAAUUUCCAUUUCUGGCCCCUCUCCAAGAGAACGAUUUUCCUGAGCCAAAGAGCAGAGAUGUAGCCGCUCUGUCUAUACCUAAUGAAGCAUGUGGGAUGUGGGAAAGUCCUCAGCGAGGCCAUCGGCACUCCUGGAGGCAGCAGAUCUUCCUCCGGGUCGCGACACCUCAGAAAAACACAGAAUCAAACGAGCUGGGGGAAUCCUGCCUAGAGGGGGGUCGAGUGUGCAUGGGACAGGGAGUUGGAGGAAAUGGGGACUUGUCCAUGAGGCUGGUGCCGGAGUGGAGGACAAAAAAGAGCAAAGAGGACCUGAGGGAGCUCUGGAGGAAGGCCAUCCUGCAGCAGAUCCUGCUCCAGAGGAUGGAGAGGGAGAACCAGAAGCUGCAGGCCACAGAGAGCGAUCUGCAGAACAAGCGUCUGAAGCUGGACUACGAGGAAAUCACUCCGUGCCUGAAGGACGUCACGCUGGUGUGGGAGAAGAUGCUAGGAACUCCUGGGAGGGCAAAGGUCAAAUUUGACUCAGACACCAUACAUGCUGCUGUUGCGCAAGGUGUCCCCAGGCAACAUCGAGGCGAGAUUUGGAAGUUUCUGUCUGAACAAUACCUGCUCAGGCAGACGGUCCCAUCCAGACCACCUACCAAUCACACGCCAUACAAAGAGCUACUGAAACAGCUCACCACGCAGCAACACGCCAUCCUCAUAGACCUGGGUCGCACUUUUCCCACACAUCCUUAUUUCCAAGCCCAGCUGGGAGCAGGACAGCUGUCUCUGUAUAAUUUACUGAAAGCCUACUCGCUGCUGGACCCUGAGGUGGGUUACUGCCAGGGCCUGUCCUUCAUUGCGGGAGUGCUGCUGCUACACUUGGGGGAAGAGGACGCCUUCUACAUGCUUAAGUUUCUCAUGUAUGACGUGGGGCUCCGCAAACAAUACAGGCCUGACAUGAUAAUCCUACAGAUUCAGAUGUACCAGUUGUCGCGGCUGCUUCACGACUACCACCGGGAUCUCUACAGCCACUUGGAGCAGCAGGAGAUCGGACCCAGCCUGUACGCCACUCCCUGGUUCCUCACCGCCUUCGCCUCGCACUUCCCCCUUGGCUUUGUGGCCAGAGUCUUUGAUAUGUUGUUCCUGCAGGGGUCAGAGGUCAUCUUCAAGGUGGCCAUGAGCUUGCUGGGAAGCCACAAGCCUCUGAUCCUGCAACACGAGAGCCUGGAGUCCAUCGUGGACUUCAUCAAGACCACGCUGCCCAACCUGGGCCUGGUGCAGAUGGAGAAGACCAUCAACCAGGUUUGUCAGAUGGAUGUGUCCAAGCAGCUGCAGGCCUACGAGGUGGAGUACCAUGUCUUGCAAGAUGAGCUGCUUGACACGCCUCCAUCCCUCAACCAACACCAGAGAACAGCACAGCUGGAGAGGACCAAUCAGAGUCUCCGACAGCAGAACCUCGACCUGCGCGAGGAGCUGCAGGUGUCCCAGGCUCGUGUCUGCAGCCUGCAGGGCCGGGUGGAGGCUCUGUCCCAGUCGGAGGUCCUGCUGACGGAGCACGUCUCUGCGCUGGAGGAAGAGAAGAAGCAGCUAGUGAGCACCGUCCAACUCCUCCAGGACAUCCUCACCAGCCUGGGCACACACUCCACCCCCGAUGGACAAACACUCCCCCCGCCCCCUGAAAGACACACAGUCACGGCUACAGAAAAGGUGGAAGAGAGAGAGGGGGGGGCGAACAGGACUGUGGACUCUCCUCCCCACCCUUUGGUUCUUCCAGAGGGUUCAUAACUACAUCAGAAUAUGCUCCAAAUGAUAAUGUGGACUGGAGGAGGAGGAGCAGUUUGUGAAGGGCCCAGAAGGUGGAGGCUGAUGAGAUGUUAAAAUGGCUCCCUACUUUGACCUUUAUCCUGUUCAAGGAUUCAAAAUGUUUUAAUACAAAUAAAAUAUACAGAGGUCAUUUUACCUAAACGGAGAGAAUAAUGGAACAAGAACAAAAAUGGGUAUGAGGUUAAAGAGAAAUAAAGGAUGGUGCCUGUAUUUUGAGUACUACCCCAAAAAGCCCACUUCCAACUCUGUAACAAAUAUAAAUGAGCAUGUGAUUUAAACAACACUCCCCAGAGUAAGCACUGUCCCCCUCGGUCUCUACUGUAAAAACAAAACAGUUACAUUUGCACCUGUACUCGAAUGUAUGUUAUUCUAUUUGAAUGUCUGUGAGUUUCUGCACUUGUGUCUUUAAUUCUCCUGUGUGGGAUGCAACGAGGCUAAAAUAGCCAAAGAAUGUCAUUAUUAAUAUAAAACAAGCUCGAACAAAGGUCCUAUAACAUGUUGUUGAUCACACAAAGAUGAAAUGUUUCCAAAGAAAUAUAAGAGAGAAAUGUGACAAGAAAGUGAGAUGAAGGGACGGGUGAAGAAAUAAACUUCAUGACUUAAGUGUUUUCUGUUAUAUAAGUUGAAGAUUGAAUAAGCUAAAUGGUGUUAGCUCUUGGAUGGUGGUGAUCAUAUUCAGAGGUCAACUCAUUUGACAUUUCUGCUCCGUAUUUUUGUUCUUCCGCCGGUUAUGUUUCCAUUUUAAACUUUAAGUACAGUGGUGCAAAGGAAUAGUAACAAAAUAAAUCCAAUCCAUUUCACAUCCUGUUUUUUUUACCUUUGCAUAAACGUUGACUUGUCUGUAGAAAGGGAAAUGUAUACAGUUUCAGCUGAAAACUCUAAACGGUAGAUGUGCCUUUUUAGUGAGGGGAAGUACAGAUCAAUGAUUAACUUCAAAACGCACUUUUGUCUAAAACUUCAAACAGGAAAUCUCUGCUGUUGAGACAGUCUGUCAGCCAUGAGUCAUUUACUGUAUUCAACACACUGAAAUCCCUCAACCUGAGUAUGUGACUGUCUACAUGUGUGUUCCUGUGUGCUUGUGCAUGUCACUGAUGGCAACAAAUCUGUUCAUUUACACUGUAAAGUUCAUUUUCUUUCA